UGACGGGGGUUUGCGUUGCCCGAUCGCACAAGUGGGCAGCGGCAGGGCCCAGUCGCUGAUCUGGUCACCUUGGCAGGCUGUGACUGAGGCGUCACGUCAUUCGGCCCUCUCGAGACGAUCCUUUACGCUUCCGCGUGCCAGUCAUCAUGAUCCGAGUCCCGUGCGGGCGAACGACCAGCCCCCGACGGAUUCGCAAGCUCCCCACCCGAUCUCAUGGGUCCGAAUGCCCGGGGUUCGACAAAAUAAGCGUAGAAGGUCUCGAAAUAGAGGAACCAGCUAUACCCACGGCUUGCUGGCCAAUGGCUGGCUACCUGUUCGUGUUUUGAAGCUCAAUAGGCAUCACAGGAUUGCCAUCAGCUGAUUCUGUGGUUGUGGCAAGGGGGGCCAGAGGCAGGCGGUCGGUUGCGCUCUACCGGCUGACUAACUAGAGGCUGACUACCUGGACAGCCUUGCAAGGCCACACUGCCCUCCCGGUUUGGCAAAAAAGCCUGCUGCGCAGCGAGGACGUGAUGGUACCGAAUGAUCGAGCCAUGGGCGACGUGUGCGGCCAAAGGUUGUGCUGGUGUUGUAUGGUUGGGAUGCUGAAUGCCUCGAAGCCAGUUUCGCACCGA